AUGAGAGAGAGGGGCAAAGCAGCUGCGGUCGGCGGCUACCACGACGACCGCGACUUCAAUUUCUCGGCAGCCUCGGAAAUGCCGUGCCCGAAACACCCGAUUCAAUCGGCCGUCGGUAUCUGCGCCUACUGCCUCAAGGACCGGCUCCUCAGACUGGUGUGCUCCGAGUGCGGGGAGCAGAGGCUCUCGUCCUGCUCGUGCUCAGACGGCGUCUCCUCCUCAUCCCGCCGCAACUCAUACUGCUCUGCCGUCGAGGUCGGCCGCGUCUCCUUCCUCAUCGAGAACGACAGGAAUCGGGACCAGAAGCCGCCGCCGGUGAUAUUCCUGCGGCGGAGCACCAGCAGCUGCGUGGAGGUGCGGAGGAGCGGCGGCGGCCUCUGGCGGAUCAAGCGCCUCUUCCGGAGGAAAAAAUCAAAGCACGCGGACGGCGGAGAUGAAGACGGGAGGAGCGAGAUCUGGGUCCCGGAGGCGAUGGGGAUCUCCAGAUCGAGAUCUCUGUGCAGCUUCAGGGACGAUGAGAGCCGGAGCGCCUUCUCCAGCGCCAAAAUCUCCGAUGUCACCAGUGGCGUGCUCACGGAGCCGAGGAAGAGCGAUUUUCGCGGCAUGGACGAGUCGGCCUUCAUCGAUCUGAGAGUCGACUUGUCGGAAUUUUGCGGCCUCGAUCGCAGCGGAGGGGGAGACGGGCCGUUGGAUCAGUUUGGGUAUAGGAAGGGUUGCGGCAGGAUUGCGGCGGCGGCGGCGGAGGAGAGGGGUGUGAUGAAGAAAAAGAAGAGCCGCAAGGUGUGGAGGUGGAUUCUCAAGUAUCAUCCCGCGGCCAUUCAUCACAGGAACAAUAAUUAA